AGGAAAAAUUUGUUUGUGUUAACAGAUGUUAAUCCAUCGAUACGGCUAGGGAUCCCUUUCUGAUUAGUAUUCUGUUGACUGGCUCCAAAAACUCGGAAUUGCAAAGUUUGACAUAGUAAUUUUGGGAUCUGAUAGUUGAUUCGACGAACAUUUACUACAGGAAACCAGCAAAAGUAUGGCAGACAUUAUCAGUCUCCUAGUAAAAUGGCACAUGAACUUGAUUGCUGAAAACAUCUUAUCUUUUCUUGACCACACCAGCUUACAGAGCUGUGAAUUUGUAUCCAAGACUUGGUAUUUAGUUAUCAGGAAUGGAAAAUUAUGGGAGUGGCUCUAUAGACGUGUAUCACAAAAGAAGCCACUUUUGCAGAAUCUCAUGAUACGCAGGCAACUUGAGGCAAAGCAUGACACUGAAAAUGAUGAGUUCCUGUACAAGAAAUUAUUCUAUGCCCAACAGACCCUUGAACAGAAUUGGAGUUCAGGACAGUACAAGACAUCCUUAAAAGCUCUUGGAGAAGUCAGUGUUUCUAUAUGUACAAUGGAUGCUUGUCGAAUCCUCUAUGGCUUGAGAACAUCUCCGUCAGUUCCUUCUUCCAUCAUGGUAUGGAAUCGCUGGACUAUGGAAUCAGAACAUUAUCUGGUGGGACACCAGGAAUGGAUAACAGAUAUGCAGAUCUGUGGCGACCUAAUAUUCUGCUCUUACUAUGAUGGAACCAUUCUAGUGUGGAAUUUAAAAACCAAAGAAGUUGUCCAGCAGUUCCAAGAUCAAGAAGUAGUGGAUUGGGUGGUGAUCCACGCCGCACACGGUCUUCUCAUAACCUGCACAAGCAUUUCAUCUGGUCCCACGGAUCGAGAUACUUUGGUCACCAUCCGUCGAAUUCACAGUCCAACAGAAAUGACUAUCGAAAAAACUGAAGAAAUUUCCAAUAUGAAAGUCAAUAUGCUCGUUUCGGACGACAAUUACUUUGCCGUCGUCCUUUCUUCUUCCAGCGGAAACUGUAUCAAACUACAGUUGCGCUCGGUUGAUUUCCAGUGCGUUCACGAGAUCAACAAUCUCAUCUCGUCCGAUGAUAGCUAUGCCUAUCACAGUGGCUGGCUAGUAACAGGAUCAUCUGAAGGAAUUAUCAAAGUUUGGAAUCCUGUAACUCAAACAUGCGUACAGACUUGGAAUUCUCAAGAGAAGAUAGAAGAUCUUCACCUCAGUUCCAGGCACAUCAUCACGCGAAACGCGGACGGUAAAUUGUUCGCGUGGAAUCUGCCAAUAUCCGACUGUAGUAACUUAGAAAAUCAACCAUCGCCAAGUUGUUUAUUUCAAAUCAAUGGUACUGAAGAAGUCAGCAUAAUGGAUCCGUCAUUAAUUGUGGACGAACUUCAAGUUCUCACCAUCUCGGUGAAAGACAUUCCCAACACAAAUGCAUCCUCCUCUGCGCUGACCGUCAGAGACUUUUUGAAUUAAAAUUGAUCUAAUCAUGCCUUUUAGUAGUGCUUCAUCUAUUAAAUACUGCCCUCGAUAUAACUGUUACAUUUAGUCAUCACACAAAUUAUUGAUUUCUUGCAUGCCUGCUGUUAUCGGCACUUUAUGAGCCAGUUUAAAGCCUUCGCCUUCAU